UCCAUCCAUAACUACCAUUCUUCUUCUUCCUCCUAAGUCCUAACUAACUGAGUUUGAUGUCCGAGUCAUGGAGAAGCAGAACCAGAAACCACUAUUCCUCUCUCACUUCCAAUUUCCACUUCCUUCCCUUUCAACUCGCUCCACUCCUCUCUGUAACCGCCAAUGCUCAAAGGCAAGCUCAAGCUUCCAGCUCCGGACAAGGCUCGGAGGGUGUUUCCCGACCGCCUCGGCAGCCUGGUCGCUGCGUUCGACGAAAAAGGUAACCAAAUCGACGGAUCAGACUUCGAACUCGAGCCCGGCGAAGAGCUCGAGCCGAUUCAACCCGGCGAGUUAGGGUUUCAUAGAGAGAGUGAUAAUGGUGAGGAAUCUAUCGACGAUGAUGAUGAUGACGACGACAAGGAGCGAAAAAUUCGGAAGAGGCCUAUCAAAGAUUCUGUCACUCCGGUUUCGGUGUUGAAGUCCAUUUCGGAGGAGGAGAAACGAUCGGAUCUGGAACACGAGAUUUCUCAAAGGGAGAUUAAUUUGGAAAAGUUGCAGAGAAUUGCCAGCACUGGUAUUCCUGAUGGAGGAGGUUUGCGCGCAACGGCUUGGAAGCUACUCUUGGGUUACUUGCCUUCAUCUCAUGACCUUUGGGACAAGCAACUAAAAGAGAAUAGACAAAAAUAUGCUAAUCUGAAAAGGGAUAUUCUCCGGAAUCCGUCAGAACAUAUCUGGAAGGAAUAUGAGGAAUUAAGUUCCACUAAAUGGGAGGACAGUGAUGUUGAUGGCCCCCUUAGGCGACAUGAAAUUUCUCAUGAAGAUCACCCUUUAAGCCUCGGUAAGUCUAGCCUUUGGAGUCAGUAUUUUCAGUAUACAGAGAUAGUAGAACAGAUAGAUCGAGAUCUGCAACGCACACAUCCAGAUUUGCCAUUCUUCUCAGGGGAGUCAUCAUUAAGUCGCAAAAAUAGGGAAGCCAUGAAGAAUAUCCUUCUCCUUUUUGCAAAGCUAAAUCCUGAGAUUCGUUAUGUGCAAGGCAUGAACGAGGUCUUGGCACCAAUAUACUAUGUAUUUAGUACUGACCCCGACAAGCAAAAUGCUGAAAAUGUAGAAGCGGAUAGUUUUUCUUGUUUUGUUCGAAUCUUGGGUGACUCGGUGGAUCAUUUCUGCCAACAUUUGGAUAAUAGUUCAAGUGGCAUCCUUGCUACCCUUUCUCGCUUGUCAGAUUUAUUAAAAGUAAAUGAUGAGCAAUUAUGGCGUCAUCUUGAAUUGAGAACAAAAGUAGAACCUUUGAACUUUUUUACUUUAACAGCUUGUACAGUUCCAUUCUAUUUAAAUGAUGCUGUUGAAUCUCAUGAACAGGUUAAACCACAAUUCUAUGCAUUCCGGUGGAUUACACUGCUACUCACGCAAGAGUUCAAAUUUGAGUCUAUCUUGAGAAUAUGGGAUACACUACUGAGUAAUCCUUUUGGUGUUCAGGAUAUGCUUCUUCGCAUCUGUUGCGCAAUGCUACUUUGCGUGAAAAACAAACUGCUAAGUGGUGAUUUUGUGGCCAAUUUAAAACUUUUACAGCACUACCCGGAUGAUAUCAACGUAGAAUACCUCCUCCAGGUAGCCAAGGAUAUUAGUCCUGACACAUCUUAUUAUUGUUUAUCUUUAUGAUUUAUUUUGUAUGCAAUUUUUUUGUAUAAUCUCAUCAAAUAUCAUGUUUUGAAACUGAAGUACUGAAUGAUCGAUACCUAGCACAAGAAACGUCCAUUGCAGAUAUUAUGGAUAGAGUUCAUGAGCAGAAAGCGGCACGUGCGUACUGGAAAGUCACGGAAAGAAUAUAAGUUUUUUAUAUUAAGGAUCUAGAUUACUCAGUGCUAAAUUGCUAAUUAAACAAAGAAAGGAAAAUAAAAGCUAGUUAGUUUUAUGAACGACUCGUAGAUCCAACCCCAAAUUUGGCAUAUCCUGUCCAUAUGUGUCUGUGUGUCCUCCAGUUGAAAAUUCCCACAUCAAUUAAAACAAACUCAUCAAUUACCCGUGUUUCAUUCUUCUCCGUCUGGAUUGUCAUGUGUCUUUCCCAGGAAAUUAGGAAUGUGAGAAACUUCCGAUCAAUGAUGUGCAGAAUGGCGCUUCGUUUCUUAGGUUGUACCAACGACUAGUUUCUUUAAGCUUACUUUUAGAGAAAAACAUUUCUAGAAAGCAUGUCUAAUUUUAACAAUAAUUGUAUACUUGUAUAAUCUAAAAAGUAAAUUUAAUACUUUUUAAAUUAAAAAUAGAAAUAAUGGAAAAGAAAGGUAAAA